AUGGUUCUACGUCAUCUUUCAAUUUAGAAGCAGAAAAAAAUCGAAUUACAACUGUUGGUGUCGACGCAUUGUGUGAAGUCACUGAAUGACAAAGCACUGGAUGCUUAGCUGCUAGUGGUGAUGCUAAUGCUAACUCUAGCAGGGGCGGUACGGUUGAUGUCAUCCUUACUCGCCAGUUUGCAUCCAGCCUUUGGAGUCAGACUGUGUGUAGCUACACAGACCGCUUGUGGCCAAUGCCACAGGCUCCACUUGACGAGGGACGUGGAUUAUCAAACACCACUGGAAAAGAUAUCAAGUUGGCCUCAUCAGACCUCUGUUAUCCCAACCGGGUUGUUAGAUUAAAGAGGCAGUGUCUGUCGAUUUGCCUGCAGAGAAAGUCAAUAUGUCAGAUUUGAAUAAGGAGGUAGUGGAUCUAGUUUGGGGGAGACCAUCUGGUGGAGGAGUGUCUGCUUCCAUCUUCCGUAGGUGGACUCAAGGAUUUGUUUUCAGUGAAAAUGAACACACAGCUCUGGAGCAGUUUGAAGGUGGACCAUGUGCUGUUAUUGCACCUGUUCAGGCUUUUCUCUUAAAGAACAUUCUCUUCAACAGAGAAUGCCCAAACUGGAGGCAGAUAUCAGAGGAGGAGCAGAAAACUGUUCUGUGUUCCACUCUGAGCGAAAUCCUCGAGUCUGCCUGUUCUAGCCCUUCGACGCGGUUCUACCUGGUGACUUGGGCAAAAGGACAGAUUCCACAAGCUAGUGUGCAUACUAAGACACAGUCGCAGACGCAGGGUGUGCCAGAGGCAGAAAGCAGCCAACCUCCACAGGAGCAGCAACCAACUGCUCUUGCUGCUGAGGAUCUGGGCUUUGAGCAAUUUCACAGUGUUCUUCACAAGCGUACUGUCAUGUCCGUGUCAGAGCUGAGAGAGGAGGUGCUGUCCCUCUACCACACCUGGGGGGGGUGCUGUGGAGUUUUGCUUUUUCUCUAUUCAGUCAUCCUUACCAAGGGUAUAGAAAAUAUAAGAAAUGAGAUCCAGGACACGAUGGAGCCCCUCAUAGACCCCGUGCAUGGUCACGGCAGCCAGAGCCUGGUUAAUCUCCUAGUAACUGGCCAUGCUGUCUCUAAUGUCUGGGAUGGAGACAGGGAUUGCUCUGGAAUGAAACUCCAUGGUAUUCAUAAGCAGGCGUCCGUUGGCUUCCUGACACUUAUGGAAUCACUACGCUACUGCAAGGUGGGAGCAUUCCUCAAGUCUCCGAAGUUCCCUAUUUGGAUCCUUGGCAGUGAAACGCAUCUCUCUGUGUUUUUCACCAAGGAGAUGUCCCUGGUGGGUCCAGAGUCUCCAUCAGAGCAGGCACGGAGAGUCUUCCAGUCGUACGACCCUGAAGAUAAUGGCUUCAUCCCCGAGUCUCUGCUGGAGGACGUGAUGAAAGCCCUCGACCUUGUGUCCGAGCCUGAAUAUGUCAGUAUAGUCAAGAGCAAACUGGAUCCUGAGAAUUUAGGCAUCAUUCUACUGGGCCCGUUCCUGCUGGAGUUCUUCCCUAACCAGGAUUCAGGAAUCCCAGACUCAUUUCCCGUCUACCACUACAAUGGACUUAAACAGUCCAACCACAACGAGAGGGUAAGACACUCUUUAAUAUUCAGGAUUUGUUUUAAGUAAAUGAUGGUGGUGGGUUCCUGUCCAGAUUCUCUUACACACUUGGAUGUACUUUUAUACUCCUGCCAUCUUUUUUUAAAACACACACACACGGUUGGAAGCUGCCGUCCGCAGCAGAACAAACAGUAGCUACGGCGAGGCUAAUAGCUUGUUCAUCCAUCCUAAAAGCCCGGCUCAACGUCCCGUUUCCUCCAGUGCUGUCAACACAGAGCCGACUGUCAGCAUCCUAGUUGUAAUAAAUGGUCAAACCCGAGUCUAUUAGAAACUGUGUGUGUGAUGGAUGGUUGGCAGUGGAUGAUCCGGUGGCAGUACACAAACACAACUCAAGAAUAUCAGUUUCCUCGUCUGUCAACUUUCUUUCGUUUCCAACAUCCCCGCACCCCCCACCCCUCACUUUGCUACCUGUGAAAACGUAGUAACGGCAGCAGAUGUGUGCCCACACACAAGCCUACACACACAGCAAGGCGCCUAUAAGGUCGUGAUGGCAUUUCCAUUUCCUCAGCCUCAAAUGGGAAUAACAGACGUCUGCGAGGUGCAUGUGUGUGGACCUACUGUUUUCAUGCAUAUGAGCACAAUGACAGAGUCCACCUUUACUUCUCAUCAGCAUUGCUCUAAAACAUGGUCUACACCUGUGAUUAUCAACUGGAGGUCCGCAGCCCGAAUCUGGCCCACCAAACCAUUUAAUCUGGGCCACGACUAAAUUCUAAAAUUGUGAAAAUAUUGUUUGAAAACAAUAACUGAGACUUCAACAACUUUAAUUUAAUUAAUCCCCACUCUUUUGAAAAAUUGAAUUUUGAUUUCAUAUUAUUUGAGUGUCCAGACCAGGGUGUCUGUUCAGAAACCCCUGCUCUAUACAUAUGUAAUGGAAUGCACUCACUGUGGCAGCAUCAAAUACCAUCUCAUCCAGCAGGGGCUGUAACUUCUGGUCAAAUGUGUCAGACCAGCCU